CCUGUCUCUCUCGGUGUAGCACAUCCAGUCAAGAUGCUGCCAAGGCUUUGGGUCGUGACGAUCGCUCUUCUGUUCUUUGCCUCGUGCAACCUGUGCACAAACCCGGGACUGAAAACAAGAAUUACACAAAAAGCCUUGAACUAUGCUCAGUCGAUUGGGAUGGCUGUGUUACAAAAGAAGAUGCAACAGUUAAAGAUUCAAGAUAUAUCGGGUAAAAAGCGUGUGAAGUUUAUUGGUCGCAUCCGUUUCAGCUUCACAGGCUUUCAGAUUACACAGUUUAGCUUGCCUCAGUCCUCUGUGAAAUUCAUUGCUGGGAAAGGCGUCCAGUUUUCCGUUGCUAAUGGCUACAUUAGAGUGAGGGGCAAUUUUAAAGUAAAGAAGCGCCAUUUCUUUAGGAUGGGUGGAUCGUUUUUGAUAACUGUGAGCGGGCUCUCAAUAUCACAGACUGUUGGACUGACCCGGGACAAUACAGGCCGUCCUGCGGUGCACAGCGUUGCCUGUUCAUCCAGAGUAGGUGGUGUGAAUGUCCGCUUCAACAGAAGUAAAAGAUGGUUGGGGAUAAUAUUCCAAGCAUUCGUUAAGAAACCUGUUAAGUCUAAACUUAACAAGGAGAUUUGUCCACAAAUCUCUAAUGUCAUCAAUAAUCUGGAAAAGAAGCUAAAGGACAUGAAAAUAUCUUUCCGCCUUAAUGACUUUGCUGAGGUUGACUAUUCUCUGGUUAAUCAAAUUGAAUUCUCACCCAGUGGGGCGGACCUGGAUUUUAAGGGUGAAGUUUUCAGAGUGGGACAUCGUAAAGAACUUCCCUUCAAGCCACCUCCAGUCAGCCUCCCCAGUCAAAGCAAUCACAUGCUGUACUUGGGAAUAUCCGAUUUCCUGGCUAAUUCAGCAGCAUUUGUGUUUCACGAAGCUGGAGCUUUGCAAGUAAAGAUUACUGAUAAUAUGAUGCCAAAAAAUUCACCAUUCAGAUUAAACACAAAGUCCUUCGGUAUAAUCAUGCCUCAGCUGGAAAAGCUCUAUCCUAAUAUGAACAUGAUAAUGAACCUCCACACCACUAAGCCGCCAGUUCUGAGGGCCGCAAAUGGCAUCACCCUUCAAGCACUUGCUGCCCUUGACGUAUUAGCGAUCCUCCCAAACUCAUCACUUGUAUCACUUUUUGUCCUGAACAUUGACACCAGCGUCUCCGCUAAGAUUAAUGUCUUAGGGAUGAAAAUGAUUGGGUCCGUAACGCUGAAUCACCUGGGAUUGUCUCUUGGACAUACUAGAGUGGGCCCUGUUCCGGUGCAAGGUCUGGAACUGUUAGUCAAGAUUGUAGUAAGAGCAGUGGUGUUACCAAAAGUCAACGAUAAACUAGCCAGGGGAGUUCCACUACCAAGUAUAAAAGACUUAGAUUUUCUAAAUCCUGUGCUAAAGGUGAACCAGAACAUUCUGGUGAUUGCAACCGAUAUCCGUUACCGCCCGGGAACCAGCAGCUGCUCCCAGCCAAAGCUUUGUGAGGGAAAGGAAAACCAGACAUCUGAUUAUUUUGAUUAACUGGCCACUUACUAAGCAGAGAUUUUACAUAAGGCCACCACAUUUUCUCCAUCAAAUAUUGUUCACUUCUAGCUUGAUAGUUUUCAGUCUAGUGCAUCUCAAAUAGAAGCUAUUGUUAAGCUCCAUCUCCGUUUUUUUUCUUGUUCUUUUCUCUUUGUAUGAACUUUUGUGUAAGACUUUUAAUAAGCAUAAGGAAAUGUUGCUAAAAUUUUCCUGUACGUAUUGUUGGAAGAAUAUAAAACAAAAGUAACCAACUUUAGAGGAACCAAACCUUUCCUCUACAACAGUCAACCUUUAUCAGUUUUGAUCUCAAUCCAUAUAUGUUUUUGACAGGGCGUUUGAAAGAAACUUUUGGUGUGUCAAUACAAUUUUUGUUUAAGCUUAACCAUUUGCAUGAGCAUCUGAAAAAAAGAGUAAGUGCUUCAGUUUACUGUAUUUCUGUAUUGGAUAAACAAAGACUGCAAACUUUCUUUGGAUGAUGCAUUCACCUUCUCACUGAAAAAAGCAGAUUCAAUUACUUUUAAAAGGACAAAUAAAUAACAGA